AUGUGGAGACGAACUUACUUACUAUUACUGCUGAUCCGUGUUUACUUUGCGCUCUCCCCCAGCUAUCUACAUCCUGAUGAACAUUUCCAAGGCCCAGAGGUCUUUGCUGGUCGCAUAUUUGAAUACCCCUCAAAACUCACUUGGGAAUUUACCACCGAUCGCCCGAUUCGCAGUGUCUUCCCGCUAUGGCCAAUUUACGAUGUACCCAUGAGUCUGCUGAAAUGGUUCUACGGGGAGAUUGGGACAGGCAGCCCACCACCACAUCUGGUUUACUAUGCGCUACGGGGUGGAAUGUUCCUGCUCAGCUUUGUCCUGGAAGACUGGGCCAUCUAUGAGCUGGUACCCUCCCCGCGCCACCGGCGCGCUGCAGUUGUCCUGGUGGCCUCAUCAUAUGUCACCUGGACAUAUCAGACGCACACUUUCUCCAACUCUCUUGAGACCCUGUUGGUGGCCUGGGGCUUAGUGCUGAUUCGCCGCAUCGUUGAGAAUAGGCAUACAUCUUUCUUCUCCUAUGCCGUCCUCUCGUUGAUCGCGGUGGCCGGGGUUUUUAAUCGCAUUACCUUCCCUGCUUUCCUUUUGUUCCCAGGUUUACAAUUACUGCCCUUCUUCCGGCGCAGGCCAACCUCCCUGGCGGUCUUUGUUGGCUUCGGGCUCCUCUUCACAUGCAUAGGUAUCUUCAUUGAUACAUCUUUCUAUCGACCAACGGCUUCUUUCUUGGAUAUUCUACGCCAUCCGGUCAUCACCCCUCUCAAUAAUAUUCUCUACAACUCCGACUCCUCGAACCUGGCGCUACAUGGCCUCCACCCGCACCACCAACACUUUCUAGCCAAUUUCUUCCAACUUCUGGGCCCUGCAUACAUUGCCAUGAUGCUGUCACUAUUCAGCUGGCCCAUCAGGGCACCAGACUGGAUGCUGAAUACGCGCGCGCUCUCCGCGCUCUCCGCGACAGCCCUACUCUCCAUCUUCCCGCACCAGGAACCACGCUUCCUGAUCCCCUGCGUACCCCUCCUCCUUAGCUGCGUCCGCAUGCAUCGCUCCCGGAUUUUCCUGGCAACAUGGAUUAUCUUUAAUGCAGUGAUGGGCUUCUUGAUGGGCGUCUACCACCAAGGUGGUGUUGUUCCAGCCCAACUCGCCAUGCGGUCUAUUGUCGAAACCAACACCGCGGCCCAGGGCAUCAAAUCCCACCCGGACGCUACUGUCUUCUGGUGGAAGACCUACUCGCCGCCACACUGGCUCCUCGGCCCCCAAGAGGGAAAUCACACAGGUCAGAUUGAUACCCUCGAUCUCAUGGGUAUCCCGGGUCUGGAAAUGAUCCAGCAGCUGGAAACAGCUGUGCCUAGCUGCUCAGUUUCUUCCCCCGUCUACCUGGUCGCUCCCACCUCCGCGACCUUCCUUGACCAAUACUCCUCCCCUUCCUCUGUCGCUUCGUCACAUACCCCUCACCUCCAACUUUACCGUCUGUGGUCAUACAGCAAACAUUUGAACUUGGACGACCUCGACUUUGGCGAUGACGGCGUGGUCGAGACAUUGAACAGAGUUAUCGGCCGCCGCGGUCUAAGCGUUUGGUCCGUCCGUCGAUCAUGUAAAUAA